GCCACCCACAGAGAACAAGAGCAAAAUCGAAACCACUCUGUAGUGCUCACGCACAGAGAUCUAGAGAAGAAGAUCAAGGGAAAGAUAAGUCCGUGUGUUUCAUUCAUCAUGAGGCCGGUGAGAGAAGGCGCGGCGGCUCUGGUGGGCGUCGGCGGCGGGGAGGCGGCGUCGGCAGCGGCAAGGCACGCGCACCCGGGGCUGUGGAGGACGCCGACGCCUUACCUCUUCCUCGGCUUCGCGCUUAUGAUGGGCCUCAUCGCGGUGGCGCUGCUCGUGCUCCUCUGCACGCGCCGCAAGCCCUCCGGCUCGUCGCGGCGCGGGAGCGGCGCCACGGCGGAGUCGGCGUCGGCGCGGGGAACGAAGAUGUUGCCGCUCGACCGGGAGCCAAAGGUGGUCGUCAUCAUGGCUGGGGACCAGAUGCCGUCCUUCAUCGCCAGCGCCAGGCCCUUCGCUUUCGGUUUCGCCACCGUCGUCGCAGAUGCCGGCGAGCAGCGCAAGGCGGAGGUGGCGUAG